GUUGCUGGUGUUUGUCAAGGAGGUUAUGAGCCCGGGAAGCUUGGAAACCACCCUCACAAUCCGUUCUCUGCCAUAAAAUGCUGAAGGGAAGCGCUUUACGUUAGCACUGUCACCAGGUGCUUCGCCAAAGCCGCCUGGGUCUGGGGGAGAUUUUGGCACCGUGCCCGAUGGAAGCUGCCGCCUGCAAGGAAACCCCGAGGCGUGCUCGGGCGAGCUGCUGCACUGCUCGUGACAUCCUGAGGCUGGUGAUGGAGCCCGACGGCUCGGGACGGGGCUGCAGCUGCCUGUCGCUGCUGCGCGCACGCUGCUGACUCAGAGCCGAGCGCCAGCAGCCCGCGGAGCGAGCGAGGAACCGGGCUUGGACUUUGUCCCCGGGGUGUCAGAGCCUCGUGCCGGCACCCGAGGGACGCCAGGAAGGCUGUGUGCCCCCCAGCAGGGACCUAGCGAUUAGCACUGGGGAUAUAUGUUACCACUUUCUGUUUUUUCUUUCGGUUUUUCAUGAGAAGAACAGACUGCGGCCAUGCAGACGGAAGCAGACUGCCUGAGCCCAGAAGCUCAGAAACUGGCUGAAGCGAGGCUGGCGGCGAAGCGAGCGGCACGGGCAGAGGCACGGGAGAUCCGAAUGAAGGAGCUCGAGCGGCAGCAGAAGGAGAUCGAGGAAAGGCCAGAAAAAGACUUUGAGAAGGGAGCACGGACCGUCUCGAGUUUAUCAGCAGCUACGUUAGCUUCUCUAGGUGGGACAUCUUCACGAAGAGGCAGCGGGGAUACGUCCAUCUCAGCAGAUACGGAGGCAUCUAUUAGAGAAAUAAAGGAUAUCUAUGAGUUAAAGGACCAGAUUCAGGAUGUAGAAGGCAAAUACAUGCAGGGACUGAAAGAAAUGAAGGACUCUUUAGCCGAAGUUGAAGAGAAAUAUAAAAAGGCUAUGGUGUCAAAUGCUCAAUUAGACAAUGAAAAAACAAAUUUCAUGUACCAAGUAGAUACCCUGAAGGAUGCCCUGUUAGAGUUAGAAGAACAGCUGGCAGAAUCCAGGAGGCAAUAUGAAGAAAAAAGUAAAGAAUUUGAGAGAGAGAAGCAUGCUCAUAGCAUAUUGCAGUUUCAGUUCAUGGAAGUCAAAGAGGCUUUGAAGCAAAGAGAAGAAAUGCUUGCAAAACAUGGAAUAAUCCCAGACUCUGACGUAGCUACCAAUGGGGAGACAUCUGACAUACUUGAUAACGAAAGACACUUGGAUUCUUCCAAAACUGUUCAAGGCACAGCACAGGCGUUAAAGACAGCAGGGGACGGGAUGUUAGGCAAAGCCAAUGAAGUGGACAUGAAAAAUGAGAUUUUGGAGGAUGUGGGGAAAAGAGAAAUCUUGCAGAAUACUGAGCAUGAGGAACACAAAGAGGAGUCUGAGGAGCAGGAAGUACAGACAUUGCAUGCUGAUGAAAACACAGAGGCAGAAAAAGUGAUUGAAGAAACCGAUGCCGGGUCAACAGCGAUGUUACCAGAUAGUAGGCUUACAGAACAAAACCAAAGCCUUGCAGAACCCAUGUCAGGGAAUGCUUCUUCAAACUGUGAUAGUGACGCAGAUGAUUUGAGAAAGGAGACAGAGUCAGCAGACACAGCAGCCCAACAGCCUGUUAGCGAGGAGGCUGAAUGCAGUAACUCACAUCCAAGGACAAAUCAGACCUCAGAGGUGGGCUCAGUGCAGGGUCAGGAUUUUGAGAGUCCUCAGGAAAUGCCCAGAGACUUAGGUACAGAGCAUGAACUGGAAGAAGCUGCUCCAGAACAGGAAGAACGAGAGGAUGUGGAAACUAGCCAUGCACUGAGUGCUAAUGACAUGGAACAAGCAGCUGACACUGCAAGCUGUGAGUUCGUUUCUGACCAGCCAGGGCUACCAGAGGCUGAAGUAGCAGGCUCCCUGAGCGAAGAGGUAAAUGUGGAGAGUCACCUUGACACACUCCAGCAUGUGGAAGAAAGUGCUGAGAACAAAGUUACAAAUGUCUUGGAGGAAAAGCUCCUUGAAAGCAAAGACUGCACUGAUGGGACAGCUGAUGAGAAGGGAGGUGAUAGAGCUGAAGAAGAAGAUGAGGUGGGGAAUGCAGUUCAGGGUCAGGCAACAGAAAGGGAUUCUGUGGGUUUGGAGGGGAAAGAGUCCCAUGAAAGUGGUGUCCCAGCAGAUAAAAGUGAAAAAGAGGAGGGAGGAGAUCACGCAUGCAUUCAGCCACCUUCUUCAGAGGAUGCUCAUUUAGCAUUGUUAGAGGAACAGAAUAUGCAAGAGAGAACAGAACUUAAAGCUGCUGAGAAAGACGGACAGAAAGAAGUAUUGAUGGAAAACUUGGAGGUGUGUGCAGAUUCUGCAGGAGCAGGCAAGCAGGAGGAAGCACCUGCAGAGUCUGUGGGCUCUGUUACCGAGGUGAAAGGAAGCGUGCUGCAGCAGGCAGAGCCAGACCCAGACGUUGUGAAAGAAAUGGCAUCUCAGGAAAGCAGUUCAGACCCAAGGGUUUUAGAUGACAAAAUUCAGGAAUCAGAAGUGGAAAUACAAUGCGAGUCUGGGAAAAGAGAGGAAAGUAGGGCAGAAUGGGUGGAAGACUUAGAACCAAAGGUGGAACUUCAGACAGUUCAGUGUAGUAAAGACACAACAGGAGAUACAGUGGGAGAGAAAAAUAGUUCUUCAGAAGAUGAAGCACAGAAUGCAGGUAAGCAAGAGGAGGGUGAAGCACAAACUGUAGUGAAGCAAGAGGAAGGUGAAGCACAAAACGUAGUGAAGCAAGAGGAAGGUGAAGCACAAAACGUAGUGAAGCAAGAGGAAGGUGAAGCACAAAAUGUAGUGAAGCAAGAGGAAGGUGAAGCACAAAACGUAGUGAAGCAAGAGGAAGGUGAAGCACAAACUGUAGUGAAGCAAGAGGAAGGUGAAUCUAAAGAGGAGUUAACUGUAGAUCUUAGUGGAACUAGUGAAAACCAAGCUGAUAAAGAAAUAUUGAAAGAAGAUGAGAAACAGUUAGAGUUUGCAAACCCCCAUGGUGAUGGAUUUGCUCCUGAGGAUGAUGCAAAUAAUUGUCUUGCACAGAAAGCUGAGAUAGAUGAAAAUAUUGGUGAGCGAGUUAGCUUGGAGGCUCAAGCAGAGGAAGGACUAGAAGAUGAUGGUGACGCAUUUGACUUCGAUGAAGAAUCAAAACAGAUACUCGAAACUGAUGAAAAAUCUGAUGGAGAGAAAGUUGAUACACAGAGUGGAGAGGAUGAUGGAGCAAAUGGCGUGAUCAAAAAAACUGUCGAAGCAAGUGAAGCUGGAAAAAGAACAGGUGAAAUAGAAACCGAAGUCCCCUUGACCGAAGAUGACAGCUUACGGCAUAAGAAAGGAGAUGAGUAUGGAGAAGCAGGGCACUUGCAAGGGGAAGAAGCAUCAUCGCUGAAAACUGAUGAGAAGGCUGAUGUGUUGGAAGAUGAAAGUAAAGCAUCAGAUUCUAAUGACGUGGAAAAAAUACCAGAUGUUUCAGAACAGGAUUUGGAAAGUGCUUACAGUAACAGGGAGGAAAGCAAAGAGGAUUUGCAAGGUGGUAGAAGGGCUAAGGGUAAAUCUAGAGAUGACUGUACAAUAUCCUAAGUUAAAAAUCUCAGGCUACACGAGAUACAUGCCAUUUGAUCAGUCUCAGUACAGAAGCAUGCACUUUGCACAACAAAUCAGGCCUUAGGAAUAUAGGAAUACUCUUAAGGGUUUUUUUUUCCUUAUAGGUAACUCUCAUCGUAAUACACUGCCAGGUCAUAUACAUGGUAAUGAUGCAACUAGUAAGUUAUUCACUGACGUACCUAGCCACAAAAAAUCAUGCGUGGGUUUGGUUUUGCUGUGUCUCAGGUUAAAUGUUACCAAAAGAGCAAGCUUCACAAAUAAGCUUUGCGGUCUAUCUUGCAAUUAAAGUACUUUUAGUGUGGAUAACUGCUACUGAGGAACUUUUAUAUGAAAUUCCUACUUUCUAGCCUACUAUAAUGAUAGGUUAUCUGAAUGUACUUCCAUGUGCAUUAGAUUGACAGUAUGUUAACGCCUUGUCAUGAAGGAACUCAGUAGGUCAGCAACACUGAGAUCUAAUGUUGAAACUUGUUGCUGAAUGAUUAAAGCCUAGGAACCAAUUUUUUGUUGCUGUGGAACAAGAUAAUGUCAUUCCACCUUUUGUAUCUUUCUAAUAUGGACGUAUUCCAAAGUAUCAAUCACUGUGAAUCCGCUUAGUCUAAACACUUUGGAGGAACAAUACACAGUUUGAAGGAAGUACAGCAUGCAGGUUGCUAAAAGGAACAAAUAUAUACCUGUUUACUUCAUCUAGGCACUUUGCACCACAAUAGGCCUUUUACACCAUGUCUCACAUGUUUUUUUUCCUAAGCAAGUAUCAGUACACACUGUAACGUGUGCUUAGGUUUGCUAUCCAGUACUGUCUAGCUAUGAAUAUUACAAAAUACCUAUUUUUCCAAGAAGGUUUUUGUUUAAAAUUGCAUUCCUUACUGCAUUAUAUAUAUAUUUUUUUCCAAAAUAUUAUUCUGAAAGAAUGUUUUUUUCUCUGAAAAAUUCUUUCCUCUUUUUCUGGAGAGAAGAUAACUUUGGAUGUCUUAGUCCUUACUGGGUGUUAGACCAAAGACUGUUGUUGUUUUCUAUACUAGCCCCCAAGCCUAUUUGAAAAGCUGGAGUACUUUGAAUUGUUGGCUUGAACUAGGCACUUCGACUCACUGCUAUAUUCCAUGCAUCUUUUGUAGUGCUUGGGAGGAAGAGCAUGUUUUGCAUAAGUUGUGUUAAGCAGUGAACAUCCAAAGGGAAUGCAAACUGAGCAGUCGGGAGGGGGGCUGUAGAAAGUUCUGUCUGUGUUGAUGUUACAAAGUUGAUGGAUUGCAAACAGACUGCAAAAUUUCAAGAUGUAUAUCAAAAUGUACUGAGCUGUAUAUAAUUGAAAUAAACAUAUUUUCUACUUUAAAUUGCCUGUCCAGAGCACUGUUUAUAAACCUGCAUAAAUAUUUUUUUUAAAUCUGUAUCAUUUCACAAACACCAUUUCUACAGCUUUCUUAAAUGUAUUGCGUUGUGCUGCAUAGAUAGUGGAGCUGUCCCGUUAGGAACAGACAGCCUUGGGGUUUGAGGUCAGUGAAUGCGAUGGCACCCAUAGCAGCACACCUGUGACAGAACUAUAAACCUCUAACUCCUUUCAUAUGACUUCUCUCCAACUUAAAACAGCUUCAGUAUGGUUUCUGUAAGUAUUAGCAGUUGUUUUUAUUAAGGGUUUACACUAAAUGCUAAUCUAAAAAGUCACAAAUCUUUAAAGCAUCUCUCCUUGCCAUGUAGUAGUGUUUAAAUAAAGAUUUUUCCCUUGCC